AUGGUCUCUCGCCAGGCGCAAAAGAGACUCAACAAAGAGUACAAAACCAUCCAGGCGAACCCUCCGCCAUUCAUCGAGGCCAAGCCAAAUGAUGAAAAUAUCUUGGAGUGGCACUUUAUCAUCACUGGUCCUCCUUCUACCCCAUAUGAAAACGGCCAGUACCACGGUCUUCUUCGGUUUCCAUCGGAAUACCCUUUUGCUCCUCCAGCAAUCUCGAUGGUAACCCCAAACGGCAGAUUUGCCUGCAAUACCCGUCUCUGUCUUAGUAUGAGUGAUUACCACCCAGACACAUGGAACCCAGCAUGGAGUGUUUCUACGAUUUUGACGGGGUUGUUGAGUUUUAUGACCGGAGAAGACAGCACCACGGGGCUGAUUAACACAAGUGAGAGCGUGAAACGCCGGUUGGCAAGAGACAGCAAGAAGUGGAAUAAUAGCGAUAACACCCGGUUCAGAGCUAUCUUUCCCGACUUGGUUGAUCUGAACAAGAUCGCGAUCGCUGAGGCCGAGCAGGCGCAGAAGGAGCUUGAGCAGACUAAGGCACAGAUAAAAAGAGGCGAGCUUGACUUGUCAACGUUAGAUCCAGAGGAUAGAGCGAGGAUACAGGCGGAUCACAUGGAGAAGAGAUCCUCAGGUGGUUUCGUGGUUGGAGGUGUGCUUUUGGUUGCCGUUGUGAUGGCAUUUAUCUACUACUGA